AUGCGUGGGGACCAGGGACCUCAGCUCCUUCUGCCACUGCUGGCUGUGUGCAUGGGGGCUCAGAGCCUCAACCAAGAGGAACGCCUGCUUGCUGACCUGAUGCGGAACUACGACCCCCAUCUGCGGCCUGCUGAGCAUGACUCAGAUGUAGUCAACGUCAGCCUGAAACUUACCCUGACCAACCUCAUCUCCCUGAAUGAGCGAGAGGAGGCCCUCACGACCAACGUCUGGAUAGAAAUGCAGUGGUGUGACUAUCGUCUGCGCUGGGAUCCACAAGACUACGAAGGCCUGUGGAUACUAAGGGUGCCGUCCACCAUGGUCUGGCGGCCAGAUAUCGUGCUGGAGAACAAUGUGGACGGUGUCUUCGAGGUGGCCCUCUACUGCAAUGUGCUUGUGUCCCCUGAUGGCUGUAUCUACUGGCUGCCACCUGCCAUCUUCCGCUCCUCCUGUGCCAUCGCUGUCACCUACUUCCCCUUCGACUGGCAGAACUGCUCGCUCAUCUUCCAGUCCCAGACUUAUAGCACCAGUGAGAUCAACUUGCAGCUGAGCCAGGAAGAUGGACAAGCCAUUGAAUGGAUCUUCAUUGACCCCGAAGCUUUCACAGAGAAUGGAGAAUGGGCCAUCCGGCAUCGACCAGCUAAGAUGCUUCUAGACUCCGUGGCACCAGCAGAGGAGGCAGGCCACCAAAAGGUGGUUUUCUACCUGCUCAUCCAGCGGAAGCCCCUCUUCUACAUCAUCAACAUCAUCACCCCCUGUGUGCUGAUUUCCUCUGUCGCCAUCCUCAUCUACUUCCUUCCUGCCAAGGCUGGCGGCCAGAAAUGCACAGUGGCCACCAACGUGCUCCUGGCCCAGACCGUCUUCCUUUUCCUUGUGGCCAAGAAGGUGCCUGAGACCUCCCAGGACGUGCCACUCAUCAGCAAGUACCUGACCUUCCUCAUGGUGGUGACCAUCCUCAUCGUCGUGAACUCUGUGGUCGUGCUCAAUGUGUCCUUGCGGUCCCCCCACACACACUCCAUGGCCCGGGGGGUCCGCAAGGUGUUCCUGAGGCUCCUGCCCCAGCUGUUACGGAUGCACAUUCGCCCACUGGCCCCCAUGGCUGUCCAGGAGAGCAGGCUGCGGCUCCAGAAUGGCUCCUCGUCGAGGUGGCCCAUCACGACUCGGGAGGAAGGGGGUCUCUACCUCCCCCGCAGUGAACUCCUCUUCAGACAGCACAAUGGAUUGGUGCAGGCAGCCCUGGGGAAGCUAGAGAAUGGUCCAGAAAUGAGGCAGAGCCGGGAGCUCUGUAGCAGCCUGAAGCAAGCCUCCCCGGCCAUCCAGGCCUGUGUGGAUGCCUGUAACCUCAUGGCCCGUGCCAGGCACCAGCAGAGUCACUUUGACAGUGGGAACGAGGAGUGGUUCCUGGUGGGCCGAGUGCUGGACCGGGUCUGUUUCCUAGCCAUGCUCUCCCUGUUCGUUUGUGGCACAGCCGGCAUCUUCCUCAUGGCCCACUAUAAUCGGGUGCCUGACCUGCCAUUCCCUGGAGACCCCCGCCCCUACCUGCCUUUGCCAGGCUGA